GGUUUCACAUCAUGUCAUCAUGCAUUUGAUCUACUAGGAUUGAGGACAUUGAUCAGGCUUUAUGAAGUGGGUUAAAAUUGAUGUUGUGGCCUAAAAGUACUAUGAGUCUCUAACAAAUGAAAGGCGGGGGAUUGUUGAGCUGAGAGUUCGUACGUAUAUAAUAUUAUUCUUCUUCCCUCGAGAAUAGAUCGGUUUUUGAGUUCUGUAAAGAGGAUUUCAGAAAUUACUUUAAUGCUACUGUGAAUAAUUAAGUGCAUUCUGGUUCAGUAAUGGAUUUGCAAUGUACGCUUAUUGGGGCUAUUCUUCCUUGGAUUCUUUUGUUUCAUGGCUUUGUUCACUCAGAAAAAGCUCCCUACAACACAUUCGUCAAAGAAGCAACUUCAGCACCAGCAGUCUUAUAUUACGACUACAUUACAAUUGGCGGAGGGACCUGUGGCUGUCCACUCGCAGCAAGCCUCUCACAGGGUGCAAGGGUUCUAGUCCUCGAAAGAGGAGGCUCCCCCUACGACAACCCCAACAUUUCCGACAUAGCCAACUUCGCCAGCACUCUUUCGGACACCUCUCCCACGUCCCCUGCCCAACAAUUCAUCUCCGAAGAUGGAGUUUUCAACACCCGAGCACGCGUCUUGGGAGGUGGAUCUGCCUUGAACGCCGGGUUCUACACCCGUGCUAGCACUGCCUACGUAAAGAAGGCUGGUUGGAACGAGACAUUGGUUAAGCAAUCUUAUGAAUGGGUAGAGAAAUUGGUAGCGUUUAAACCGCCGUUGUUGGGGUGGCAAUCGGCUGUGAGAAAUGGGUUGCUGGAGGUCGGGGUGUUGCCCAAUAAUGGAUUUACAUAUGAUCAUGUGGAUGGGACCAAAGUUGGAGGCACUAUUUUUGAUGGGGAGGGUCACAGACACACCGCGGCGGAUUUGCUCCAGUAUGCGAAUCCAACAAGGAUUACUGUUUAUUUGCAUGCAACUGUGCACAAGAUCUUGUUCACUUUUAAUAGCAAUGGAACAGGAAGAGCACGAGCAAACGGUGUGAUUUUCAAAGAUGCAAUGGGAGUGGAGCACAGAGCAUACCUAACAAAGAACUCCAAGAAUGAGAUAAUAGUUUCAGCUGGUGCAAUUGGAAGCCCACAGCUAUUGAUGUUGAGCGGUAUUGGGCCCGCUGAACAUCUAAAGGCCCAUGGAAUCAAGAUGGUGCUUGACCAGCCCAUAGUAGGCCUAGGGAUGGCUGACAACCCAAUGAAUGCACUCUUCGUUCCCUCUCCAAGUCCAGUAGAGAUGUCCCUCAUUCAAGUUGUGGGCAUCACCAAGUUUGGCAGCUACGUCGAAGCUGCCAGUGGACUUGACUUUGCUAAUUUCUGGGGUCAAAUGCUUUUAAGAGAUACUGGCCUGUUUGUAAAUCAGAGUGACCAACCCUACUUCACAGUACUGCCCGUGGAAGCAACUAACGAAGCUGCUCAAGCCAUAGAUUCUGUUGCCGACAUAAUUCUUAGAGGCGGAGUUAUACUUGAAAAGGUCACGGGUCCUCUCUCUACAGGUCAUCUCGAGCUUCGGAGCACGGAUCCAAAUGACAAUCCAGCAGUUACCUUCAAGUACUUCAAUGAACCAGAGGAUCUAAACAAGUGUGUUCAAGGCAUGAACACCAUUAUUAACGUUAUAAAUUCCGAGGGGUUUUCGGAGUUUCGUUAUCGCAGCGUACCUGUGCAAGUACUGAUAAACUGGAUGCUAAAUUUACCCCUGAACUUGAGGAGGAGACAUGCAAGCGCUGCAAUUUCCUUGGAACAAUUUUGCAUAGACACUGUGAUGACUAUUUGGCAUUAUCAUGGAGGGUGCCAAGUUGGUACUGUUGUGGAUCGUGAUUAUAAGGUUCUUGGUGUGGAUGCGCUAAGGGUAAUUGAUGGCUCGACAUUUUUAGGCUCACCUGGGACUAAUCCUCAAGCUACUGUUAUGAUGCUGGGAAGGUAUAUGGGACAGAAGAUUAUGCAUGAAAGGUAUUCCGACGGAAGCUAGGUCGAAAUAGAAAGAUGAAUAUCGAUGAUCGGGUCCUUUGCAUAUUUUAAGCACGGAAUAUUGUCAGCUGUAAUAUGUUAUAAUAUUUAUGCAUCUCAGUUAGACCUUAUAUUGUGUAUUUAUAUGAGGCGCCGAUCGAGUUAAAUUACACUGGAUGGAUCAAU